AUGCCUUUCAACACGGCCCUCACCCGCAAGCUCGGGAUUCGCGUUCCCGUGGUCCAAGGCGGCAUGCAAUGGGUCGGAUACGCGGAAAUGGCCUCGGCCGUGUCCAACGCCGGCGGCCUGGGAAUCAUCACCGCCCUCACCCAGCCUACCCCCGACGACCUGCGCAAGGAAAUCCGCAAGUGCAAGACCAUGACCGAUAAGCCGUUUGGCGUCAACCUCACCCUUCUCCCCUCCAUGAACCCGCCAGACUACCCGGGUUACGCACAAGCCAUCCUCGACGAGGGCAUUCGAAUCGUCGAGACGGCAGGAAACUCUCCCGGCCCCAUCAUCAAACAGUUGAAGAGCGCCGACCCUCCCUGUGUCAUUCUCCACAAGUGCACCAGCAUCAGACACGCUCUGAGUGCCGUCAAGUUGGGCGUCGACUUCCUCAGCAUUGAUGGAUUCGAGUGCGCGGGACACGUGGGCGAGACGGAUAUUACAAACUUGAUCCUGCUCUCCCGCGCGAGACAAUCCAUUCCUAUCCCCUUCAUCGCCUCGGGUGGUUUCUGCGACGGAUGGGGUUUGGCCGCCGCGUUGAACUUGGGCGCCGAGGGAAUCAACAUGGGCACACGCUUCAUGUGCACCAUCGAGGCUCCCAUCCACCACAACAUCAAAGUCGCCAUCACCAAGGCGGAAGAGACCGACACACAGCUCGUCUUGAGGAAGUGGAGAAACACUUCCCGCUUGUUCAAGAAUAAAGUCUCCACAGAAGCAUACAAGAUUGAAAACUCGCCCGAGACUAAGGAGUUUGAGGCUGUGGGACCGUAUGUUAGUGGAAAGCGAGGUCGUCAGGUCUUCCUCAAUGGAGACCCCGACUACGGUGUCUGGACUGCGGGACAGGUCGUAGGCCUCAUCCAUGACAUCCCCACAUGCGCGGACCUUGUCAACAGAAUCGAAGCCGAGGCUAUCGAGAGUUUGACCAAGGCGCAGAGCACCAUUGUUGACAAGCAGCCACCACCGGAUAUCAGGGGAAAGCCUGCCAGUGAGGUGCAGGCCAAGUUGUAG